UCAAUCUUCUGCACGGCCAACAGGCCCCUCAAUUGCAAGAACGUCGGUUUUUCUGCGCGUCUUUCGUCCCGACAUAGUACCCAUCGCCACCUGAAGGGUUUUAGCAGAUCAGGAGAACCACAGUGGUCCUCGAUCACUGGCAGCGAGAAACACUGACAGCACUGACUCCGGAUCUCGGUCGUUGAGAAGUCACAAUGGGAGAUGUUGUGGAAGUUGAUGUUGCUCCAUACGCACCUCGCAGUGUGCUCGAGACACUGCCUUGCAAGCUUCCAACAUCGCACUUCGACUCAGGCCUUGACUACGAAGCCAUUGCCAGUCCACUUGUCAGCAGUCUGAGUAGUCUGAGCAAAGACGGCCUGUCACCGGCCUCAAUAUGGCGAGACGUCUUCGCUCUUACCGGAACCAUGCGUACGAUAUAUUCUCCUGAACGCAUUGCCAGAGCCUGGUCAAAAACUUGUGAUGAGCGCCGAGCGGAAAAGUUCACCCUUAUUCCAGGUUCGGCGAUGCCUGUACGUCUCGACAAAGACGUGGGCUGGGUAAAUGUCUCAUUCACAUUUUGUAAUCGAAGAUGCCCAGCCGCACAAUGUAUGGGCUACUUAUCCCUGAUACUCGACCAAGCCGGAGAAUGGAAGAUCUGGCUCAUCAGAACCGUCCUCGAGCAACUCGAAGGCUACGACGACGUUGAUCAGCUUCAGUCUGGGCGUAAAGUGUCCAACGGAGAGCAUGUGCCCAAUGGUCACACCAACGGCGUCAAUGGACACGCCACAACGAACGGUACGAAUGAUUCACCAAAGCAUUUCGAUUGUGUGAUAGUUGGAGCAGGUCAAGCAGGGCUUUCCACUGCCGGACGACUGGAAGCUCUAGGUAUCUCUUACUUGGUACUCGACAAGAAUGCCCAGAUCGGAGACAACUGGAUGACCCGUUAUGAUUCGGCCAGGUUACACACUGCCCGCGAAUACAAUCAUCUUCCAUUUGAUAGGACAUUUCCACUCCCGUAUCAGGAAUUUCUCACCAAGUACGAUCUGGCACGUGGCUACAAGGACUGGGUUGGGAAGUUUGGUAUCGACAAGAACAUAGCGUUCGAUACGACCCUGGACUCAGGCUCCUGGGAUCAAGCUCGCGAGACAUGGACGCUCAACCUACGUCGACAAGGCACGGCACAAACGCUAACCUGUCGUUACGUGGUCAUGGCCACAGGUGGAGGUGGCCAGAUUUCCAUGAUGCCCACGUAUCCCGGACAGGAGGAUUUUCAAGGAACAGUACUACAUUCGGUGGACUACAAAUCAGCAGAACCUUGGCAAGGCAAAGCGGGUAUCGUCAUUGGGACAGCAAACACAGCCCACGACGUCGCGGAAGAUAUGGUCGAGGCAGGUCUUUCGUCCAUCACCAUGGUCCAACGAACGCGUACCUAUGUUCUUCCAGCCGGAUACUUCAAGGUCAUCAGCGAUAGGUCGUACAACGAGAAUGUGUCAACUGUGGAUGCAGACAGAGAGUCAUACUCAAUGCCGUAUGCGAUUACCAGGCACAUGAGUCGCAAGGCGUUGCAUGCAGCGGCAGAAAAAGAGCCGGAGCGGUUCGACGCUCUAGAAAAAGCUGGCUUCAAGGUCGAGCCAUUUGGUGACAUCAUGUACCAUAUCUGCGAGAAGUUAGGCGGACAUUAUAUGGAUGUUGGAUGCUCCGACAAGAUUGCCAAGGGCGAGAUCAAAAUGAAAGCUGGAGCUCUACCAACAAACUACACACGAACCGGUCUGGCCUUCAGCGACGGCACAGAAAUUCCCGCCGACGUGAUCAUCUUCAGCACUGGGUUCGUGGGCAAUAUGCGGACGGAGGUUGCACAGAUUUUCGGCAAAGAAGUUGGUGCCCAAGCCGACGACUUCUGGGGUCUGGAUGAGGAAGGUGAAUUGAAAGGGGUGUUCAAGAGGACUGGCCAACCCAAUCUCUUCUAUAUGGGAGGAACUAUCGGCCACAGCAGGUAUUUUUCACGCUUCCCGGCGCUGCUGAUGAAAGCCGACAUGAUGAGUACGCCGCUGCCACUGUAUGACGGGGAGAGGAGGUCAGGAGACUAGCUGGAGGUGCAGCGAUAGCCGAGGAGAAGAGACAUGUCAGCAAGACUACUCCACCC